AAAUCGAACAUCAAAAGUGACUGCGAAAAAACGAAUUUCUCGGAUUUGGACUAUGAAAUAAAGAAUGUCCGCCUUAUCGGUCAGUCUGAUGACGUCGGGCUAGUUGAAGUCUUUGUAAACAGCAAUUGGCGGACAGUUUGUGAGGCUGGCUUUACCAAUUACUCGGCAAAUCUGAUAUGCCAAGAGCUUGGAUUCAGCAAUGCAAAAUGGUAUACAACUAUGGAUCAAUCGAACAGUGAUACUAAAGUCGGGUCAUUGAUUUGCUACCAAAAUGAUAUAUUAUUAUUACGAGAUUGUGAAAUUAUACCGUUGGCAUAUUAUACUUAUGGAUCUGGUGAUUGUUCUGGCAACGGGGUAUCUAUCGCAUGUUCGAAAGAUCAGCCAACCAGCACCGUUUCGACAGUAAAACAAACUAACAAUGAGGGCCUGGAUAUGUAUCUAGUUGUGAUUGUGAUGUCCGUAAUUGUGGGCCUUGUGUUAUGUCUUCUUGUUGGAGGAUUGUUGUAUUGCAAUCUGACAGUGCCCAACCGAGUUCGCAAAAUAAAACACAAUCUGGAGGACGUUCGCCGGUAUCAGUUGUUAACAAAAGUGGUGAAUGCAAAGGUGAUGACGAAGAGUACACGACUAUUGAUGACUCUGAUGAACUUGGACUGAAUCCCCAGAAUGAAUAUUAUCAACUCAGGAAUACAAACGACGGUAAAAUACAUACGAACGAUUCGAGAACGAAUAUUUCUGAUGAUUAUUUACAACCGGUCAUGGCGACGAUCACAUCAGAUGCAGAUGUCGAGGUUGAUAACGAUGGCUACUUGAAACCCGUGCGAAACGUUU